AUGUCGGGUCGGGCGCGUGCAUAUCGUCCAAGAUUAUUAAAACGGCUCGGUGAUUUCGCCUUCAAGUCAUUUGUUGUUACAUCGAUCUUCGGGGGCUGCAGUUUAACUGCUUACAUCCUUUUUAAACUUGGGAAAUAUUACCUAUUUGACAGUAAAACUUACAAAGCCCAGAGGAAGCAAUACGCUGAAGCUCUCAUAGAGAAAGAAAAACGCGAAAAAGAACUGGGACUGCGGGAUUAA